AUGCAUGGAGAUGUCAAAGUAAGAGACCAUUGUCAUUUAACAGGGAAGUAUAGGGGAGCCGCGCAUCAAGAUUGUAAUAUUAAUUAUCACGAAUCACCUACCAUACCUGUUGUUUUCCAUAAUCUCAGUGGCUACGAUGCACAUUUUAUAAUUGAAGCAAUCGCUACUGAAUUUAAUGGUAAAGUUGAUCUACUUCCAAUUAACAAAGAGAAGUACAUCAACUUCACUAAAAAUGUUAAAGGUAGUUUGAUAAAAUUUCGUUUCAUUGACUCUUUCAAGUUUAUGGCAUCAUCAUUGGACAAGUUAGCUUUCUAUCUCGAUGAAUAUAAAAUUGUAAAUUCAGCUUUUUCCAAUUAUAGUGAUGAUAAAAUCCAAUUGUUAACGCGCAAAGGAGUUUUUUCCUACGAGUAUCUUGACUCUAGGGAAAAGCUUGACGAAACAGAAUUACCACCGAAAGAAAAAUUUUACAGCACGUUGAACGAUUCAAAUGUUUCAGAUAAAGACUACGCGCAUGCGCAGAAAGUGUGGAGUGAGUUUAGUUGUCAGAAUAUUGCUGAUUAUGUGUACUUGUAUAUGAAAACGGAUAUUUUGUUACUCGCGGACAUUUUUGAAAAUUUCAGGAAUCAAUGUUUAUUAGCAUACAAUCUUGAUCCAGCACACUAUUAUACUACGCCUGGCCUUACCUGGGAUGCAAUGUUAAAUUACACGAAUAUAAGAUUAGAACUUUUCACGGACAUCGACAUGGUGAUGUUUGUCGAACGCGGAAUAAGAGGUGGAGUGAGUCAGUGUACAAAUCGGUAUGCGAAAGCUAACAAUCCUUACAUGGAGAAUUUCAAUGAAAACGAGGAGACGUCUUAUAUCGUGUACUAUGACGCAAACAAUCUUUAUGGCUGGGCUAUGGUCCAGUCGCUUCCCUACGGUGGCUUCGAGUGGGUAGAAAAUGUAGGCAAUGAUUUUGAUUUUAAUGUUUCAGAUAAUGGGCUAAUUGGGUACAUCUUGGAAGUUGAUCUUGAUUAUCCAGAUCAUCUUCACGAUAAACAUAGCGACUUGCCGUUUUGCCCUGAACGCUCGAAGCCACCAGGGUCUAAAGAGGAGAAGCUCCUAACUACCCUCCUACCGAAACGAAAGCACGUUCUCCAUUAUCGUGCCUUAAAACAAGCUAUUGACAACGGUUUAGUUUUAGUUAAAACAAGAUAG